UCAAGUCAAAGAGAAAAGAAAACCUGACGAACAGAGGUAAGCCUCUUCGACGGGCUUAAGGUUGACGGCACUGAUCUGAGGCGGCGCUAAUCUGAAGCGCCAGUAGUCUGAGGCGACGGUCGGGACGGAAAAUGGAGAGAAUUGAAGCACGGCAGCGGCGAUUCGUUGCAUAGAGUUUGUUCAACGGCGGCUUUCCGGUGCUGUAAGAGUGGUAGCGUUGGCGUUGAUUUUUUUGUAGGGAAUACCAACUUCCAAUGGAUUAAAGAGUGGUUUUGGCCGACUCAGAUUUCCGAGGUCUUUAUUUUCUUUCAAAGGAUUUUUCAGGACUUCGAAUUGGUUUCAAAGAAGUCCUCUCUUUUUGUUUUCAGAGGUUCUGAUAUUGAUUUGGGUAUUUGUCUCUUCGAUAGAAGGAAUGAUGGAGGCUUCGAAAAUGCACUUUUCAAUAGGAUGAAAAUGCGCUUUUCAUUCAUUCUUAUUUUUUCUUACAAGAAACAAUGCGCAAAUAUAUAUAGAUGGGAUAGACCCAAUGUACAGCUAAUGAAAUUCUACAGUUAGGGAAAGCUCCUUUAAUCAAUCAAAUUGAUUAACAAAUCUCAACAGUCUAGAGGGAUGCUGAAAAUGUGGUUUAAAACACUAUGGAAUGUGAAUAGCGAAAAAUGUUUGGGCUUCUCAAGUCUUAUCAGAAGACAUUUAUCAGUUUCAAGUAGAACUGUGAUAGAAAAGGGUGCUAAAGAUGGAGAACUGAGGAUCUUUAUUGUUUCUGGAGAGGUUUCCGGGGAUACCAUCGGUUCCCGGCUCAUGGCAUCUCUUAAGAAGCUCUCUCCUCUUCCCAUCCGUUUUUCUGGUGUCGGAGGGUCCAUGAUGUCCAAACAAGGAUUAAAAUCCCUGUUUCCCAUAGAGGAUAUCUCUGUGAUGGGGAUAUGGGAAUUGUUGCCUCAUCUAAAUAAGAUCAGGGUGAAGCUGAAGGAGACAGUAGAGGCUGCUCUUCUCUUUCAACCUCAUGUUGUUGUAACAGUGGAUUCUAAAGGUUUUUCUUUCAGACUGUUAAAGCAGUUACGAGCUAGAUACAAUCAACAAAGAGUGGAUGUUCCAGUGCACUUCCAUUACGUAGCACCAUCGUUCUGGGCAUGGAAAGGGGGUGAAGCAAGACUCAAAGGUCUAGCCAGUUUUGUGGACCAUAUCUUGUGUAUACUUCCACAUGAGGAAGAAGUAUGUAGAGCAAAUGGAUUGGCUGCAACCUUUGUGGGCCAUCCGACUCUGGAGGAUGUUUCGGAAUUAAAUUCAGGAAGGAGCUCUUCCUUACAUGAACUGAAGAUAGAAGGGAACUCUGAAGAUUUCAAAGCGAAAAAUGCAAUAGCUGCAGGAGCAACGGUUCUUUCCUUGCUUCCUGGAAGCAGAUUACAAGAGGUCACCAGAAUGCUUACCAUUUUUGCAAACACUAUGCAACUAUUACAAGAGUCCUUUCCUGAGUUGGUAACUGUCAUUCAUGUUGCUCCCAAUCGGCAUGUUGAAAACUACAUAGACAGAGUUGUGUGUAAGUGGCCCGUGCCUGCUGUAUUAAUUCCAGGAGGCUCCCCGCACCUGAAAUAUGACGCCUUAAGUGCAAGUAAGGUUGCAUUAUGUACUUCUGGUACGGUUGCUGUAGAGAUGCAGCUUGCACGUUUACCAUGCGUUGUAGCUUAUCGAGCACAUUUCUUAACCGAAUGGUUUAUUCGGUACAAAGCAAAGAUACCAUACAUUUCCCUCCCCAACAUUCUUCUGAAUUCGGCUGUUAUUCCUGAAGCUCUCUUUCAAGCAUGCACACACUCGAAGCUUGCAGCAUUAUUAAUUGAAUUAUUGCGCAAUGAUGACCGCAGAGAAGAACAGAUUGCUGCUGCAGAAAAGGUAGUCAGACUGCUUUGUCCUCCGGAAAGACUCCUAAAGAACCUUGUUGAUUCCCCUGUUCAUUCGUCGUCACCGAGUAUGUUAGCAGCAGCUGUCAUUUUGUACCAUGAGCGGCCAUGAUUAACAUUUUCCAAGGUGCCAUCUGAAAAUUUCUUUCAAGAUUAGGUCUGGAAUUUUAUUGUCAUUCUCAUUCAGAUGAUCCUAAAUUUAUUUCUUUUUCCUCUUUGAACAGUAUCUCAACUGAUAUUUCAUAUGAUAUGAAUUUACGUUGA